UGACCGAAUACUAGAUCAAGUUUUCUUGUUCUGUUUCUCGAGAGCCACAGCCACACCUACAUUACUUUCUUCUCUUUCUCUUUCGUUUUCUUGGAGUUUCUUCUUUCAAUGGAUCGAACCCAAAUUCUUCUCGUUGGGUUACCACUCUUCCUUUUUUCUUCUGACAUUCUCAACCUCUUCGUUCCUGCACCUCCUCCAAAAGAUGGUUAUCGCAAUUUCCCCGACCCUAAACCGACUCCUCAACCGAACCUUCAUCAACCCCUCGAGUUCCCUGCGCAGAAACAGAGCGGUAUUGGCUCAAUUGGAGCUGGCAACACUGUCAGCAUUGACUUCUGCACUUCCUGCUCUUACAAGGGAAAUGCAGUAACAGUUAAAAAUAUGCUGGAAUCUGAAUUUCCUGGGAUUAAUGUUGUUUUGGCUAACUACCCACCUCCACUUCCAAAGCGCAUUCUGGGAAAAGUAGUUCCAGUGGUGCAAACUGGAGUUAUUGUAGCUAUAGUUGCUGGUGACCAAAUAUUCCCUAGAUUGGGAAUGACACCACCACUAUGGUACUAUUCAUUGCGUGCCAAUAAGUUUAGAAGUAUUGCAAGCACUUGGCUUCUUACAAAUUUUCUUCAGUCCUUCCUUCAAAGCUCUGGUGCUUUUGAAGUAUAUUGCAAUGGCGAAUUGGUUUUCUCCAAACUGAAAGAGAACAGAUUCCCUGGUGAAAUUGAGUUGAGGGAUCUUAUUGGGAAAAGAGUAGUUGACACUAGAUUUGUCAGAGGUAUUGAAGGUGCUGGUGGUGUUGGCUACAGAAACUUCCAAUAGCUGAUUGCAAGAUUUACCAAAUGAUAAUUUGAAGUUAGACCACGACGAAGAUACAUGAAACAAAUUGAAGCCCUUUCAAAUAGAUGUUAUAGAGAAUCAAAUUUUUAUCUUUGGUAUAUUGUAUACACUGUUAGGUUAAGCUAGUGAAUCUUGAGCAAGCAUUUCUCUUAAGUUAUCACAUUUGAAGCUUCUUUCCUUUUCUACUUUUAAAUUUGGCUUUCAUAAACAAA